AUGACAACAAGGAACCAGGAAGCCUCCAUGAAGAAUAUGGAAAGGCAAAUUGGACAGCUCUCGAAGCAGAUUGCCAAUGAAAGACCCUCAAGCUCACUACCAAGUGACACUAUUCCUAAUCCAAAAGAGGAGUGUAAGGCAAUACAACUAAGGAGUGGAAAAAUCCUGGUGAAAAAUGAAGAAGCAACCAAUAAGCCAAAGGAAAGUGACGAGAAACAAGCUGAAGGAGAGAAAGCCAAUGAUGAAGAUGCAACAGCAAGCAAGCAGCCUCAGAACCAGCCUCAAGAAAAGGAAGACCAGGCACCAAAAUUAAGAAAAGAGAAGGAAGCAAUGGGAGAGUCAACGAAGGAACAAAGGCAGGAAGUGAACUUUACACCUCCAUUGCCAUAUCCUCAAAGGUUCAGCAAAGAGACUAAGGACCAACACUUCCCAAAAUUUCUUGAAGUCUUCAAGAAGUUGGAGAUCAAUAUUCCCUUAGCUGAAGCACUUGAGCAAAUGCCCCUGUAUGCAAAGUUCUUGAAAGAGCUUAUCAACAAGAAGAGGAGUUGGCAAGAAAAGGAGACUAUACUUCUCACUGAAGAAUGUAGUGCUGUGAUUCAAAGAGGUAUCCCACCAAAGCUCAAAGAUCCAGGGAGCUUUGUAGUUUCAUGCACCAUAGGCAAAAUGACCUUAGACAAAGCUUUCUGUGACCUUGGUGCUAGCAUUAAUCUGAUGCUGUUAUCAAUGAUGAGAAAGCUUGCCAUAAAAGAACUCAAACCUACUAGGAUGUCUUUGGUGAUGGCUGACAGAUCAAUCAAGACAUCCAAUGGCAUUGUGGAAAACUUAGCCAUUAUUGAUGUAGAGAAGGGAGAGAUGAUUUUCAGGGUGCAUAAUGAACAAAUGGUCAUCAAUGUCUUCAAAUCAAUGCAACACCCCCCUGAACAAGAAAACUACAUGAAGGUGGAUAUGAUAGAAAGUCUGGUGGAGGAAAUAUUAGAAGCCACUUGUCAUGAGCAACAGGAAGAAGAAGUGGUAGAGAUUUCCAGUGAAGACAAGGAGAAAGAGAAGCCAAAACAAGAGUUGAAGCCUCUUCCCCCUCACCUCAAAUAUGUGUUCCUGGGAGAAGAAGAGACCCUACCAGUGAUUAUUAGCUCCUCCUUAAAUAUGGAAGAAGAGACAAGGCUGAUUGAAGUGUUGAAAGCCCACAAAACAGCCUUGGGUUGGACAAUUGAGGAUAUCAAAGGCAUUAGCCCAGCCAUUUGA